UCCAAAUAUCUGAGCUUCGGCCAUGGCUUCUUCUUUGCCGGUCAACUCGUUUCCCUGUUAGAGAAUGGGCAGCAUCAUGUGUGGGAGGACCAAUCGAUCAUCAAGUGGCAGAAGAGAGACGCCCAUGUCCCUUUACGCUGCCAUGAAUCAGUUGAAGGGUCUCUUAAAUAUUGGUAUGAACGCAACAAAGUGAGUUUUGUGGUCUCCAACUCUGCUGUUUGGAAUGAUGAUGCUGUUGUUGGAGCUCUUGACAGCGCGGCUCUUUGGGUCAAGGGCUUGCCUUUUGUCAAGUCCUUGUCAGGCUAUUGGAAAUUCUUCUUGGCUUCCAGUCCUAAAAAUGUUCUAAAUUUUUAUGACUCUGCAUUUCAUGAUAUACAGUGGGAAACUUUGCCUGUUCCUUCAAAUUGGCAGAUGCAUGGAUUUGAUCGGCCUAUUUAUACAAACGUUGUGUAUCCAUUUCCACUGGAUCCACCUUUUGUUCAUGUGGAGAAUCCUACUGGCUGUUAUAGGACAUACUUUGACAUUCCUAAAGAAUGGAAUGGCCGCAGGAUUUUUUUGCACUUUGAAGCUGUUGAUUCUGCUUUCUGUGCGUGGGUGAAUGGGGUCCCAAUAGGAUAUAGUCAGGACAGCAGACUUCCUGCUGAAUUUGAAAUCACCGAUUAUUGUUACCCAUUCAGUACGGACAAGAAAAAUGUACUAGCUGUUCAAGUUUUCAGAUGGAGUGAUGGAUCUUACCUUGAAGAUCAAGAUCAUUGGUGGUUAUCUGGCAUUCAUCGUGAUGUGCUUCUCCUUUCCAAGCCACAGGUAUUCAUCGCAGACUAUUUUUUCAAAUCAACUCUGGCUGAGGAUUUUUCUUAUGCAGACAUACAGGUUGAAGUGAAAAUAGAUAACUCCAUAGAAACAUCUAAAGAUAGUAUUCUUCCCAACUACACAAUAGAAGCUUCAUUAUUUGACACGGCUAGCUGGUACAGUACUGAUGGAUAUGCUGAUCUGGCCUCAUCUAAUGUGGCUAGUUUAAAGCUUAAUCCCUCACCCAGCACAAGCCUUGGAUUUCAUGGUUAUUGGCUGGAAGGGAGACUGGAAAUGCCGAGGCUUUGGUCUGCCGAGCAACCAAAUCUGUACACACUUGCUGUUAUAUUGAAAGAUGCAUCUGGUAACCUCGUGGACUGUGAAUCAUGCCUCGUAGGCAUACGACAAGUAUCAAAAGCCCCCAAACAGCUGCUUGUUAAUGGGCGUCCAAUAAUAAUAAGGGGUGUAAACAGGCAUGAGCAUCAUCCACGACUGGGAAAAACAAACAUAGAAUCCUGCAUGGUUAAGGAUUUGAUUUUAAUGAAGCAAUAUAAUUUCAAUGCUGUGAGAAACAGUCAUUAUCCCCAACAUCCCCGUUGGUAUGAGCUUUGUGAUUUGUUUGGCAUGUACAUGAUAGAUGAAGCCAACAUCGAGACCCAUGGUUUUGAUUAUUCUGGGCAUGUGAAGCAUCCUACAUUAGAACCAAGCUGGGCUACUGCAAUGAUAGACCGUGUGAUAGGCAUGGUUGAGAGAGACAAAAAUCAUGCUUGCAUUUUCUCCUGGUCCCUAGGAAAUGAAGCGGGAUAUGGACCUAAUCAUUCUGCUUCAGCCGGCUGGAUUCGUGGCAAGGAUCCCUCACGGCUGUUACAUUACGAAGGGGGUGGAUCCAGAACUCCAUCCACAGAUAUUGUAUGUCCCAUGUAUAUGCGGGUCUGGGACAUUGUGAAGAUUGCGAAAGAUCCAAAUGAAACACGUCCUUUGAUAUUGUGCGAGUAUUCACAUGCAAUGGGAAACAGCAGUGGCAAUAUACAUAAAUAUUGGGAAGCAAUUGAUAGCACAUUUGGUCUCCAAGGAGGCUUUAUCUGGGAGUGGGUUGAUCAGGGCCUAUUGAAGGAAGGUGCAGAUGGUAGUAAGCAUUGGGCUUAUGGGGGUGACUUCGGAGAUGUUCCUAAUGAUCUAAACUUCUGUUUGAAUGGCCUUGUAUGGCCAGAUCGAACUCCUCAUCCUGCAAUGCAUGAAGUCAAGUAUGUGUACCAACCAAUCAAGGUUUCAUUCAGGGAAGAAGCAGUAAAGAUAACAAAUACUCACUUUUAUGAAACAACACAAGGAUUGGAGUUCAGCUGGUCUGCUCAUGGGGAUGGAUAUAAACUUGGAUCUGGAAUUCUGCCUCUUCCUUUGAUUGAACCUCAGAAGAGUUUUUCUAUUGAGUGGAAGUCAGCUCCAUGGUAUCCUCUAUGGACUUCAUCAUUUGCGGAGGAAUAUUUUUUGACAAUAACUGCUAAGCUCUUGCAUUCCACAAAGUGGGUUAAAGCUGGUCAUGUCAUCUCAUCUACACAAGUCCAGUUGCCUUCCAAGAGAGAAAUUGUUCCUCAUGUCAUCAAGACUAAGGAAGCUACAUUUAUCAGUGAAAUUCUUGGGGAUACAAUUAAAGUGAGUCGGCAGAACCUUUGGGAGAUAAUAUUGAAUGUUAAAACGGGAGCAGUUGAAAGCUGGAAGGUUGAAGGAGUUUCUUUGAUGACGAAAGGCAUAUUUCCAUGUUUCUGGCGAGCACCCACAGAUAAUGACAAAGGAGGAGGUGACAGUAGUUAUUUCUCCUUGUGGAAAACUGCUCGUAUUGAUAGCCUCAAUUAUAUCACCAAAAGCUGUUCUAUACAAACUAAGACUGACCAUCUUGUGAGAGUAGCUGCGGUUUUUCUUGGUGUUCCCAAAAGUGAGGAGGGUUCUUUAUCCAAGGAGGAAAGCGCAUUAAUUGAGAUUGAUGUGAUUUACACAAUUUACGGUUCAGGAGAUGUUGUCGUUGAAUGCAAUACAAGACCAAGUUCGAACCUUCCACCUCUGCCGCGUGUUGGAGUUGAGUUCCAUUUGGAUAAGUCAAUGGACCAGAUUAAAUGGUAUGGAAGAGGACCGUUUGAAUGCUAUCCGGACAGAAAAGCAGCUGCUCAUGUUGCAGUCUACGAGCAGAAUGUGGGCGAUAUGCAUGUCCCUUACAUAGUUCCUGGGGAAUGUUCAGGUAGGGCAGAUGUUAGAUGGGUGACAUUUCAAAACAAGGAUGGUUUUGGAAUCUAUGCUUCAAUAUAUGGCAGCUCUCCACCUAUGCAAAUAAAUGCAAGUUAUUACACCACAGCUGAGCUUGACCGUGCAACGCACAAUCACGACCUUGUCAAAGGAGAUGACAUUGAGGUUCAUCUUGAUCACAAGCACAUGGGCCUGGCUGGGGAUGAUAGUUGGUCCCCCUGCGUCCACGACGAGUAUCUGAUUCCUGCUGUUCCGUAUUCAUUCUCAAUCAGGCUGUGCCCAAUAACUCCAGCAACCUCUGGCCUCGACGUCUAUAAAUCUCAACUUCAAUACUAAAAGUACCGAAUGCUUGACAAUCUACGUACAUGGCUAUGAAAUAAAGAUGUUUUCCUUCUCUAUGUUAGCUUGUUGGAGAAUAUAAAGGAAAACUUGGAUUGUAAUGUGCUGAUCAUGUUCGUUAUACAACCUUUGUUUGAUGUUUGAUAAAGUACUCGUUCUUUGGCUAGCA